AAGCCCCAUGAAUGUUUCAAGACACUUUUGAAACUCUCUCGUGAAUGACAUUCACAAUUUGUCACAAGCUGUCGCAGCCCAGUGAAACACUACCCUAAGGAUAUGAAUGACUUUAACAAGGGCCAGAUUGUGAUGAUGAGAUGAUUGGGUCUGAACAUCAACAAAAUGGCACAUCCUGUGGGGUGUUCCUGGUGUGCAGUGGUUAGUACUGAACAAAAGUGGGCCAAGGAUCCAAAGGACAACCGGUGAACUGGCGACAGGUCAUGAGCGCCCAAGGAUCACGUUGGGAGUGAAGGCUCUCCCAUCUACAGACCAGUCAGAGAGCCCAUGCUGACUCCUGUCCACCACCGAAAGCACCUACAACGGGUGUGUGAAAAUCAGAAGUGCACCAUGGGGCAAUGGAAGAAGGGGGUCUGGUCUGAUGAACCAUGCUUUCUUUUGACAUCAUGUGGACAGCCAGGUGUGUGUGCAUCACUUACUGUGGCAGCGGGGGCAUGGUCAAGCGUCAGUCUGUGAAUGGAGGGCGGAGUCAGGGAAGGUAAGUGGUAGAAUCACUGCACCUAAUGGAAAUUAACCUGUGUUUGUGUGUCUUCCCCAGUGACUGCGCCCUAUAAGAGGAGAGGGAGAGCAGAGGAAGGGAGCUCUCCCCCAACCAGAACACUUGUGUGUGUGCAUGCGUGCCUGGGAGAGUAAAUGCAUAACGCUGAAAAGCGAAGAAUAAAAGAGGUUUUUGAGAAUUCAGUUCUGGCCUGCCGUGCUUAUGUGCUCCACCCACCUGGUCUGAUUGUACAGUGGUGCUGAAACCCGGGAAUGGAGUGCAGAAGGGAACAGCCCCAUGGAGUCCUCCCCCUUCAAGAACCUGAUCCAUGCCCUUGCCAUGGCUCAACAGAGCCAGCACCAGGUGCUGAUCGCCCUCUGGAAGGAGUAGGAAUAAUGGUUCGAAGCCCUGGUGCUGGCGCAGCAGGAAGAUCGCCAAGCAUUCCGGCACCUGCUUGCGUCGGCGAGGUCCACGAUCACCACCACCGCGAACCCUCCCCACCUCACCCUAACGAAGAUGGAUCCGCAUGAUGACCCUGAAGCCUUCCUCGCUCCUCCCCCUGCUAAUGGGCAAGGUGCAGCUGGCCGCGCUACAGCUCCCCGCCAACAGCCAGCUGGUCUACACGGACCGCCACAGGGCCGUCCUCCAAUGUGUGGGUCACACCCUGGAACAGCAACGGCAGCACUUCCACGGGCUGCGCCUGGAGGAGGUCGGCCGGCCGUUCGCGUUUGGCCAGCAACUCUGGGACGCCUGCCGGCAGUGGCUGAGGGCCGACAACCAUGACGCCGAGGGAAUCGUCAACCUGGUGGCGCUGGAACAAUUUGUCACCCGACUUCCGGAAGGAACAGCAGAGUGGGUCCAGUGCCAUCACCUGGCGUUGCUGGAUCAGGCCAUUGAGCUGGCGGAGGACCAUAUGGUGGCCAUUCCGAUGGCAGGACAGCAUGUCUCCUCUUCUCCCCUCUCUUCUCUCUCUCUCCCUCCCUCUGCUCUUCGUCCUUGCCCCAUUCCCCCACCGCGGAGGCAGGGGCCAGCUCCACCCCAGCUAGCCCACUGCACCCACGGUGCCCUACCAUUUCUUGCUUCCUUGUCUGUCUCUUCUCCCUCUCAGGUGAGUGAUGUCCGGAACACCAGUGCAGAGGGAGAGGCUGGGCCGGUAUGCUGGCGCUGCGGCGAACCGGAGCACCUCCAGCAUCAGUGCUCGGCAGUGGAGGUGGGCACGGUGGUCUGGAUCCCCAAUGCGCCAGGGACCGCCUUUGAUCGGGCUGGAGUGUAUCGCGUACUGUUACAUGUUGGUCCUGGGAUUGAGAUGCUGGCGUCUUCUGCCCCUCGGACUUGCUUGAUCCAUCCUGGUGCCGUGUGUCUGGUCGGAGUUUUAUCGCAUCGCUCCUGUGGAGGAUGGCCCCAUGAGGACAGUUGAGGGUUAUACCUGGAGGAUGCUCUGGAUUCUUACAGUGAUGCUUUUAUGGCUGAGGACUACAGUUGACUUGCUAACUUUAGGACUGCAGUUGUCAUGAACAGUUUUGCACUCAAGUUUCCAUCAAUGAAGAGUUAUAACAUCAAGGAAACUGUCUUCAUGUUAAAACUGUUAAUGUUAUAGUCAUGUUGUCUGUUGUUGCCCAAAUGAGGAUGGGUUCCCUUUUGAGUCUGGUUCCUCUCGAGGUUUCUUCCUCAUGUCGUCUGAGGGAGUUUUUCCUUGCCACCGUCGCCACAGGCUUGCUCAUUGGGGAUAGAUUAGGGACAAAAUUAGCUCAUGUUUUAAGUCGUUCAAAUUCUGUAAAGCUGCUUUGCGACAAUGUCUAUUGUUAAAAGCGCUAUACAAAUAAACUUGACUUGACUUGGUGCAAGACGAGGCAUUGGGGAGAGCACAAUUGGUGAAGGUGUUGUGUGUGCACGGGGAUGUUCACAACUACCCUUUAGUGUUGGUCCACAUUCUAUUUCGAGGGGAAAAAUUUAGAGUAAAGGCGGCGAUUAAUCCUUGCCUUACCCACUCGAUAAUUCUGGGGACUGAUUGGCUGGGAUUUAGGGAAUUAAUGACGCAUUUAGUGAAGAGUGGGGCCUGCCAUAGUUUAGCAAGGGGAGGUCCCAGAGUGGCAUUGGUGGGAGUAUCUGUCACAGAGCUGUCUACGUCAUCAUCACGUCAGAGUGAGGAGCAGCCUGCUCCUCCUCCCUCUCUUGGGGAUUCCCUUGCGGAUUUCCCGUUAGAGCAGUCGUGAGAUGAGACUCUGCGUCAUGCGUUUGACCAAGUGAGAGUAAUCGAUGGUCAAACUCUCCAGCCAAACGCCACACCAUCCUUCCCCUAUUUUUCCAUUAUUAAGGAUAGAUUAUACCGAGUGACACAGGACACUCAGACUAAGGAACCAAUAACACAGCUUUUAAUCCCAAAGAGCUGCUGGGAAUUUAUAUUCCAGGCGGCUCACUUUAAUCCCAUGGCCGGACACUUAGGGCAGGAUAAGACACUAGCCUGAAUAAUGGCCUGGUUCUAUUGGCCAGGGAUUCGCGAUGAUUGAUUGAUUACUUUAUUCUGAACAAUAAAGAAGAAAGAUAUAAAAAUAAAAAUUUAAAUAAAAAAUACAAUAAUCAAAACAUCAUCAUAAACAAACAGAAUAGCGUAGCCACAAGGCAAUAACAUAACAAUGUUCAGAAAGGAUUAGGAAGAAGUAACUUAUCCAAUCCUAACCCUCUAUACCACCGCUAAUCAAAUGUCACUUUCCACCAUAAUAAACUAUAUAUACAAAAGAAAACAAAAGCAAUAAACAAAAAAGAAAACAUACCAACAUACCAAAACAUACCGACAUGGUAUAAUAUCGACCAAAUCAAAUCAUAUAUACAGAUACUUAUGUUAUGCAUAUAUACACACAUACAAUACAUAUAUACAGUACAUACAUAUACACAUACCUAUAACUAUACACCAAAUACAAGAAGACCAGUCACAGACUUACUCUCAAUUUCAUCAUCACCUAUAUAGUCUGCCUGUCCUCAUUCUCAUAUAUUUUUAGUAGCAUGUUUUUAUAUAAUUUUUUAAACAGUUUUAUGUUGGUGCUAUUUUUGAGUUCAUUUUCCAGACCAUUCCACAAUUUCACCCCACAGACUGUUAUGCACAUACUUUUCAUAGUUGUUCUAACAUUUACUCUCUUAAAAUUCAUUUCCCCUCUCAGGUUAUACCCACCCUGCCUUUCCAUAAACGUUGUUUGUACCUCA